CAUCAGUUUGUGAGCCACAAAAAGCCCUCAAGAAGAAGAAGUAGAGGAACUUUGCGGUAAUAACAAACUGCAGCAGAUGGGUGAGAUGGACGCAGCGGAGUUUGAUGAUGUUGUAGAUGACUGGUUUAUCGAGUCGCUGAAAACAUACAAGGACCUUCAUGUGUACCAGCUGGAGCAUCCAACCCGCGUCAUAGAGUGGACAUCUGGAAAAACUGUGUGUGUCGCCGGCUACCGCUCGGCUAAAAACGAACUGCUAGAGCUUCUUCUGCCUCUGAAACUCCUCGCUGAGGAAAACAAGGGUCUCUGUGCGGAACGGGAUUUCAAAGUGGUUCACGGUGGUUUCGCUGAGGGUCCAGUUCACUGCCUCAGACACAUCCCAGGAACAAGGUGUGCUGUUACCAACGACGGCCGCAGCUCCGGCCUACAGGUGUGGGACCUCGGAGGAGACGACAGCGAUGUGAUCAGAAGAACAGCAAGUGUGGCGGGCCGGAGCGCUUCGGGGAGAGGCAGCAGGAUCGCGGCUGGACUCUCGUCAGAUCCUCGAGUCCUGCACGGCGCUGAGAGCAGCGACGUCCUGCUGACGGACCUGACGUCGGGACAGAGCGUGUAUAAACUCAAGAGCGACGCCGCCGACCCGCUCAGCUCCUUACAGUUUGUGAGCGACUCUGUUUUCCUGGCCUGCUGCUGCAGCGGGAACAUUUACACGGUGGACACUCGGGCCUCAGACGCCCCCCGGCCGUCCCCCCCGCCCGCUACCGGUGGGGGGGACGGCGUCCUCUGGUGUGCGGACGCCUCUCCGUCCUCUGCGGGCGGGGCCGGCCGGGUCGCGCGGCUCUCCUCGUCCGGAGAGGCGGUGCUCUCAGACCUGCGGGACCUGGGCGGCGCCGUGUCCCGAGCUCGGCUGGACGUCCUGAUCGAUCACCACAACUGGGACGAUGUGAAAGUAUCGUGGGCACCGGCGCUGGACGACUGUAUCGCCGCGUCAGGUUUCAGUGGAACAGUGCAGAUCUACGACACGUCUGCCUGGGCAGCCGAGCCGGCCGCCGCCCGGCCGCUGUUUGAGCAUCGCGGCCACGUCGUGUCGUCACAGCGGGCCGACAGCCUCCCCGUCCUCGUCACCUCCCACGUCUGGCAUCCCGAGCGGCCCAGGACGCUCCUCUCCGCCGCCGCAGACGGCUCCGUCCACGUCUGGGACUGGGUCGACCAAUCAGCCGCCGCCUGCUGACACACAUCACAGUGCAGGUCUGUUCACACACGCUGUAUCAUCAUGUAAUGUAUGAAAAACACUCACAUGGGAUGACGAAACGCAUUGAAAUCACCGGUGGCUACAUCAGCCUGCAUGAGGGGACAGUGUUGGAGUUGUGAUGCUUCCUGAUUUAUCAAAGCAAAACCUGAAGUUUGAUUAAAAAUGCAUUAAAACCCUCCUGUGUACAAUCUGCUGCUGCUUUGUUCUUUGUGACAAGACCAAGAGAUGAAUGUCAUCUCCAGGGGCAGAGGAGGAAAAUGAGGCAUUCACACAGGAUCAGCAUCAUCAGCAGCCGUUUGUCCUCACCAGGUGCUUCAAAGCAGGACGUUACAAUGUGUGGCCGAUUGGAACGAGAUUAAAGAGAAAAACUGUGACGGCCCCUGGGAUACAUACAUAUAUGCAUUCAUACAUACACACACAUUGGUAGUUAUUAUUCAUUUUUUAAAAUCGCUUUGUAUGUCUGAUGAUUGGUGUGUGAGACGUUGCUGCUGGAAGCGUGGGGACUGUUUUGGCCUGUAGGCGGCGCUGUG